GUUUUCAUUUGACAAGGAGCAGGCAGGUCAAGUUUUGCUGCGCAUUUGCACUUCAUCAAAUUCCACAAAUUUCGUGUGCAAACCAGUUGUGAUUUUUAAAGAUUUGACUGCGGAAAUGCCUAAACCAAAUGGUAAAAAGGGUGGCGGCGGUGGCUGGAGGAAUCAGUACAAUGAGCCAGACUUUCGAAGCAGCGAGUCGACGAGACGCGUCAGCUUCAAGUCGAGCAGAGGCGGAAAUCCCACGCAGAGGGACAACUCGAAAAAGGAUUGGGCGAACUCGUUGAAGUCUCACUUCGAGGAUGAGGACAUCGACAUGGGGAGCAGCCUCAACGGGGCCAGAUACAACAACAAGAAGUUCUCCAAGGGUGGCAAGAGGAUGACCCGUGGUGGAUCACCUGCUCCUGCUCGUGGCAGGGUCAAGAGGAAGUUGAUGCACGGGCCCAUAACCUGGUACUCUGUUUAUAUGCCACAUGGAAAUAGAUACGAGAGACAUGUUAUUGAACAGAUGCUGAUGCAACAUAUAGCUCCGCUGCCACUGAUCCCAAUCAACUGGACGGCGAGCGGAACAAUGGUGACUUUCUAUGUGGACGAUCCGAAGGUCGCGGAUAAGCUCAACGAUCUGAACCAAGAGAUUCAGAUGGCCGAUGGAUUUAAACUGAUGAUGCGCGUGAUGAACCGUAUGCCGAACGUGGAGAUUAGCCUGAAGCUGAAGGAUCGCAUGAAAUUGGCGAUGAUGAAGCGUUACAAUCCGACGACGAAGGCGCUCGACCUGACCCGUUUCCACAUCGAUCCCGUCCUCCAAGAACUGUUCUGCGCCCUGGCCAAGCAUCAGAUCUGUCGGCAGGCGCUGGAGAUCAUCUCCGAGAAUAUAAGGGACCUGGAGGCGCUCAAUUUGAGCAACAACAACAUACACAUGCUGAUUCCGCUCAAGGAUAUGACCACGCUGCUUCCGAAUCUCAAGGUCUUGCACAUCGGGCACAAUAAGUUGAGGGAUAUCGCGCAGCUGGACAGUCUUAAAGGAUUGGGCGUCGUGGAUCUGCUGCUCGACGGUAACCCACUCUGCGACAAAUUCAAAGACCAAACCGCUUAUAUCAGCGAAGUCCGCAAGAGGCUGCCGAAGGUCGUCAAACUGGAUGGUAUUGAUUUGCCGCCGCCGAUCUCUUUCGAUAUCGAGGACGAUGUUGCGAGACUUCCACCCAGCAAGCAGACGUUCCUGUGCUGCGCGGAAGGUCAAGCAAUAAUGAGGAAAUUCAUGGAGCAGUACUUCAUCAUCUUCGAUUCGGAUUCGCGCAAACCGCUGCUGCAGGCGUACCACGAGAACGCGUUGCUCUCUAUGACGAUGGCCUAUCCGUACGGACAGAACUCGAGGAAUCCCCCGUUUCUGACGUGGUACGCGACGGAUAACAGGAACCUGCAGCGCGUCACCGACAGCGAACGUCGCGCCAAAAUGCUGAAGCACGGCAACCUGCAGAUCGUCACCUUCCUGGACGAGAUGCCGCACACCAAGCACGACAUGAACAGUUUCACGGUCGAUCUCAGCCUAUUCACUCCACAAUUGCUUCUGGUGACGGUGACGGGCAUCUUCAAGGAGCCGGCGAAGCAGAGACCUCCGCUCCGUUACUUUGUGCGCACCUUCGUGAUCGUGCCCUCGGGCAGCGGUUACUGCAUCGUCAACGAGGAGGUGCACAUCAGCAACGCCACCGAGGCGCAGAUCAAGGAAGCCUUCAAGACUCCGACCGUGGAGAUCGUACCGCCGACGCCCGCGACCUCGCCCAACCUGAACACGAGCGGCGGUGGUGGCGGUCCUUCCUCGUCGGCAGUUCCCGUCCCAGACGAUGCGGUCAAGCAGCAGAUGAUACAGGCGAUGCAGCGCGACUCCGGCAUGAACCCGGAGUGGUCUCGAAAAUGUCUGGAAGACACGAACUGGGAUUAUCAGAUGGCGGGCGCUGUCUUCACCGAGGCCAAGAACAAGGGUCUCAUUCCGCAGGAAGCGUUCGUAUGAUCGCACAUCUCUCUCUUUCCUACACCGAGAACCGUUCGAUCGUCGCCAUAGAUUAUUGAGAGGAUAUCAAAAAUAAUGUGUUACAUAUAUUAUAUUAAGUUAGUUUUCGAUUGAUUGAUUGA